CUGAUUUUAUGGAUUGCUCGUGGUAGGACUACUGAACAACACAACACUCACAAUGCGGUUACCCCUACUGAGCCUGCUGGUGGGCAUUGUGGGCUUCGUGUCCGCAAGGAGCGCCGAAGGCAGUAAAUUGCUGGUUGUCAUCGAUGAAGAUGCAGACAAGACGCGCUACUCGCAGUUCUGGACGGACCUUCAAGACCGAGGCUUCGACAUCACGUACAAGUCGCCCAAGGAGUCGUCGCUCUCGCUCUUCCAACACGGCCUCCCCGCCUACUCGCAUCUGCUCCUCCUCCCCAGUAAGCUGAAGGCUCUCGGUCCCGCCCUCACCCCAAACCUGCUCGUCGACUUCGUCAACCUGGGCUCCAAUGUCCUUCUUGCCCUCUCCUCCGACACCGCCGUCCCCACCGCCAUCAGCAGCCUGCUGCUCGAGCUCGACAUUGCUCUCCCCGCCGACCGCACGAGCUUGGUUGUCGACCACUUCAACUACGAUGCCAAGACCGCCGCCGACAAUCACGAUGUCCUGCUGCUUCCAUCUCCCUCCCAGAGCAAGAAGAAUGUCAAGGACUUCUUCGGCCUUGAUGGCUUGAUCGCCUUUCCUCACGCCGUGGGACACGUCUUGGGCAACGCUUCUCCUCUGCUGGCCUCGAUUCUGAAGGCCCCGUCCACAGCCUACAUCUACAAUCCGAAAGAAGAUACCGACGCGGUGGAAGACCCUUUUGCGACUGGCUCGCAGAUCAACCUCGUCUCGGCUUUCCAAGCCCGCAACAGCGCCCGCUUCACCGUCCUGGGAAGCGCCGAGUCGCUCGAAGAUAAGUGGUUCGAUGCCAGCGUGCAGCUUCCAGGCAGCAAAAAGGCUGAGAAGAGUAGUAAUAAGGCCUUUGCACAAAAAGUCUCGGCGUGGACGUUCAAGGAGCUUGGCGUCUUGCAGGUCAAGUCGAUCAAGCACUACCUGAACGAGGGCUCGCAAAAGAACAUUGCCAACACCACCGAGGUGGGUAAUGUCGAGCUGAACCCGGCGAUCUACCGCAUCAAGAACGACGUGCAUUACGAAAUUGAAGUCGCCGAAUGGGAGAACGAUCACUGGGCACCAUUCUACCCACCAGCGGGAGAUGACAUGCAGUUGGAGUUCAGCAUGUUGAGCCCCUUUCAGAGGCUGAACCUGCAAUCAAAGGGCCAAACAGCAAACUCUACCAUCUUUGAGGCAGAGUUCAAGACGCCUGAUCAGCAUGGCAUAUUCAACUUCUUCGUCGAGUACCGCAGACCAUUCCUCACCAAUCUCGAAGAGAAGCGCACAGUAACAGUACGCCACUUCGCUCACGACGAGUGGCCGCGAUCAUUCGUGAUUUCUGCGGCCUGGCCCUGGAUCUCGGGUAUCUGGGUCACUAUUGGAGGUUGGAUCAUCUUUGUGGCCGUGUGGCUGUACAGCAAGCCAGUCGAUAGCAAGACCAAGACGCGAUAGAUACAAUAGGAGCUGUGAUGAUCAUAUAUGUACCACAAAAUUAAGAUGUUAAAAGCAUCAAUUCUACCUU